AUGGGUGAAGAUAUAGUUUUGGAUCGUUUUUUAAAGUACAACCCUAAAUAUGGUCUAUUUGGAAUGAAUGAGGAUAACCAUUCUCUGGUGAUUAGGAGAACAAGUGAUAAUGUUGGAAUUGUGAAGAUAAAUGUUCGGAAUAUUGUUCUUUUAUUGGAUUAUUUUUGGGAUCCUAUUGAUGGUAAAUAUUUAGCGCUGUUUCUUAAGGAUGGUAGUGUCAGGAUAUAUGACAUAUUCAAUGGUGGUAAGCUUAUCUCUUUUCUUAGAGUCCUUCCCGUGGUCUUGGGAUCCAAUAAGCCCAGUUUAGACUGUUGUUUGUGGGAUAGAAUUAUUAUACCGAAGUCAGGAUCCUCUGAAUUGAGAAUACCCAAUAACGAUCUUACAGAAAGCAUGCCGACACUAGUCAAAUUUGUGCAGGACGCAAAGCAGAUUGAUAUUAUACCUAAUAGAAGCAUCACAAAACUAUGGAGAUCAAUUGGUAACAAUGAGAAGAAGGUAGUAGAUGUUCAUCUAGGAUACAGUUGUUCUAGCGCGCAGGUAACAAUAUUGAUUAACGGUGAAUACCUGAUAGAAAAAUCAGUUAGUGAUAUUAACCAAAUACAAAAAAAAAUACCUAUCAGUCUUAAUAAGAAGGAAUUUUGUGAAGCAAUCUAUGAGAUACAUUUUGAUGAUUAUUCUAGAUUACAAAUUGACUUAACAGGUAUUUUACUGAAUGAUGAUAAAUUGGAUUUGAUAGAAACACAAAUUAAAAUGACUAAUCAUUUCGAUCUUAUUAAAGAUCAUUUCAACUUGAUAGAAAAAUCGGUGCUAGCUCCAUAUUAUGAAUUUCUGGAAAGUAUUGGUGGCAUAAAUGACUUGGAUGUACUAGAAAGAUUAUUCUUGAUCGGUGAGUUAGAUACAAAACUUGGCAAUUGGUUCAAAGAAACUAUUAAUGAAAAAAACCUAAAAAAGUGGUCUCGAUUAGGAAACGAAUUUUACUCCAAUUUUAAGCAAGUUUUGAUUAUUGUUUUUGUUCCAAUAUGUGAAAGACUGAUGGUGUUGACUAACAGAAUCAAUGGAAUGAUAAAAGGUAUCGAUUUGCAAGAAAGCCAGGAAACUUCUUUAUUGGAUAUUAGUGAAUUGCAGUCUUUCUUGAAUUUGGUACUAAAACUCUUAGCAGAAUUAAAUGAAGAUGAGACAUAUUUUAAACAGGAUUUUCUUCCUUGGCUUACAGAUAAAGUAUAUGAAAGCAUUAACAAUGAGUACAAAAGUGUAUUUUUUAAGGCAGAAUAUGGCAAUAAUAAGAGAAUUCUAAAUAUAAUAAAAUAUUUUGAGGCUACAGUAAUUGAAAUUGAUUAUUCAUUAAGAACACAUUUAAACAAACUUAAAGAUGAAAAUGAGAAAAUAAUCAAUUUAUUUCAGAAGUUUUCAAAAAGUAGCUUGAAAACAUGUUUGUCGGAAUUUGAAACCAAGUUGUUCGAACCCAAAAAGGCUGUAAAAUUACUAGCUUGUGAAAAAAUAUGCAACGAUGUUUGUAAUUAUGUGCAGGUGCUAAUGUCUAAAGAUUAUAUUCUGGAAAUAUUAUUGGUAGACGCCGUUACAGGUACUGUUUUGUUGUCGGAAAAAUAUAAUAGUAUCCAGAACCCGUUUGGUUACGAAAUAACAUUAGAUAAUAUCAUAUCAUGUACGUUAGUGGGCACCGAAAAGGUAAAUAAAGAUGAUACAUACAUGCAAGACAUUCUUGCGGGAGGAAAUUCAUUGGUUCAAGAAAAUGAUAAUAAAAUAGAGAUAUAUGCAGUGUUUGGAACAGCACUGGAUGUUGAUAUUGAGAACAUAAUUCAGGUAAAGCUUCAUCCGCCUAAAAUAUCAUUGAAAUUAAGAACCGCUUAG